AUGGACGUCAACCGGACAUCGCCGGCGGCCGAGCAGGCCGGGGGCGAGGCGGGAGAGUUCCGCGACAAGAAAUUCCUCUUCUCGGACGCGCGCGGCGGCGGCCGAGACGUGUGGAUCGUGCGCGGCUUCCAGGUGUCGAAGCUGACGCUGUACCAGGUGCUGACGGUGGCGCUGGGCGCGCUGGCGGUGCUCUUCCUCAUCCUGCUGAUCGCCGUGUCGUGUGAGCAGCCGGCCUGCAUCCAGCAGGCGGCACAGAUGGUCGGCUACAUGAACUACUCGGUGAACCCGUGUGACGACUUCUACGAGUACGCCUGCGGCCAGUUCAGCGUGCGCCACCCGCGCGGCAUCCACAUAAGCUACGGCGUCAGUAACAUGCUGGAGGACUACAACCGCGGCCGGCUGGAGGAGCUCCUGGAGCAGCCGCAAUUUCACGACGACGACUCGGCCACCAGCAAGGCGCGCACGUUCUACACAUCGUGCAUCAACGCCUAUGACCAGAGUGACAACAACGCACGCAGCAUGGUGGACCUGAUCAACUCGCUGGGCGGCAUGGAGCUGUUCGGGACAUGGCAGGAGGACGGCUGGGACUUCCUCCAGACGUUCCAGAAGACCGCCGUGAGCAGCGCCUACAAGGUGGGUGACCCGCUGCACAACUCCACCAUGGACAACUACCGGCGCACCAUCACCAACGUUCUGGAGCUACUGGAGCGCGACAGCCUCGUGCUCGAACGCAAGGAGAUCGUCGACGACAUCGUGGACGUGGAGACGCAGAUCAGCCAACUGGCCCCGGGCAUCAUCGACAUCCUGCCGAGUCCGCGCAACAACGUCAACAUGACGGGGCUCGGCCAGCUCACCGACCGCAUUGACUGGAUGGAGCUGAUGGACGCGCUCUUCGGCAAGGGGUCCAUCACCAACACCGUGUCCGUGCACAUCCCCAGCCGCGACUACAUGACCGGCAUUAACAACCUCAUCAACAAGACCAGCAAGCGCAAGAUGCAGCACUACAUGAUGUGGGCGCUGAUCCGGCAGUACCUGACGGCGCUCGGCCCCAAGUACUCGAUCCUCGGCCAAGAGCUCGAGCACAGCAUCGACGGCCGGGAGACCAAGUCGCGCGAGCAGAUCUGCUACGACCUGCUGCGGACGUACAUGGGCCGCGCCGUGCGCGCGCUCUUCAUCUCGGGUCACAUCGGCGACCAGAAGGUGGAAUCCGUGCGCUCGCUGGUGGCUGACGUGCGCGAUGUGCUCAACGACAGCUUCGGCUGGAUGACAGAGUCGGCGCGCCAGACGUCACAAGAGGUGCUGCGCAACCUGACGGUGCUCUACGGCCACACGCCGUGGAUCACCAACAAGCAGAAACUCGACGACUACUACAAGCACCUGUCGCUCGACACGACCGACUUCUUCCAGAACUUACGCGCCGCCUACGAGUCCCAGUCGAUCGAGUACAAGAGCAAAGGCACCACUAUGGAGGACGAGAGCGAGGCCGAAAACGGCUACUGGAUCAAGUCGGAGCCGUCCGACGUCAAGAUCUCCUUCAGCCCGCUGCUGUGCCCCUGGUACCACCACGAGAACCCCAGCUACAUCAACUCGGCGGCGCUCGGCUCGAUUCUGUACAGCGUGCUGGCUCAGCCGUUCUUGCUGCAGCACCGCACCUUCCGCACGCCCAACUGGUGGGACACCGAGACCACUAACAAGUACAAGGACUACAAGACGUGCAUCCGCGACCGCUUCAGCAAGUACGAGACGCACAUCCACGCGGCUUCCAGAUGA